AUGGAUUUGCAGACAAUUUCGAAUAAGGGACCUGUAAAGGAAAUCGAAGAUGUACUGGAAAUUCAAAAAGCUUUUGGAAAUAUAAAUAACCGUCAGGUUUCAUUUUUUCUGCACAAUGACUCAAAUGGUACAGUUUCAGCGGACGUCGCGAGAAGUCUAGACAGUGGUUUAAUAACAACGAAAUCUGAACUUAAGAAUCGCGCAAAAAAACUACAAAGAAAAAUUAAAUCAUGUCGAACUCUCAUACCUGACGUUAUAUCUUGGCCUAGUGAUUCCGAUAUAACUGUACUAAGAAUGAAAAUAUGUUUGAGUAAUAAUUUAAAGGAAAAAAUUGCAAUCCCGGGUGAUGGUCUUCAUCAGCCCAACAGUUCCUCAAUGUGUAACCUGGCUACGCUGAUGCUACAAUCACCACAACAUUCAAAACACAGUAUUCAUGAAGAGGUGCUUUUCCCAAUAACUUCUUGGGAAAGGCCUGAGUUACCAUUGAAACAUGACGUUGAUAAAUGUCCAAAUUACUCGUUUCAGAGCACAGUCCUAACGGCUUGUGGCCAAUUCGAUAAAAAUAAAUCAUUUGAUAACAGUGAAAGUAUGAAUUUGGAUAUGAAAUCGAAAGUGGCAAGAUUUUUCCGAAUUUACUUCUGCCCUUGUUGUAGUUGUUUGUACAAUAUGGAGAAAAUUCACGAUGAACGGUCAUCGCAAUACAACACGAAAACAAGAAAUUAA